UUCUGCAUCUCUCUCUCUCUCUCUCUCUCUCCCUCUCUCUCUGUGUCUGCUUCAAGCCUUUUUAACACCACCCUCAGCCAUCAACCAUCAGCAAGUAUACACAAUAAAUUACUACAAAAAUUAGCAAAAGAUGUUAAAAUCUCAAGAACAACUACCAGAUUGCUUUUAUCCAACUCAACCAGUACUAAUCCACCCAAACACACCAACCCCCAAGCAUUGCCUCUCCCUCUCCAAUCUUGAUGACCAGAAGUUUCUCAGAUUCUCCAUCAAAUAUCUCUACCUUUUCAAAAAAUCUGUCAACUUAGAUGGCCUCAAAUAUGCCCUCUCUAAAGUCCUUGUUGACUACUACCCAUUGGCUGGGAGGUUGAGGACCAGUGCUGACCAGGAUCAAAAGCUUGAGGUUGACUGCAAUGGAGAAGGUGCUCUCUUUGCUGAGGCCUUCAUGGAUAUCACUGCUGAGGAGUUUCUUGAGCUUUCCCGGAAACCAAACAGGUCUUGGAGGAAACUCCUGUACAGGGUGGAAGCUCAGAGUUUCUUGGAUAUUCCUCCUCUUGUUGUUCAGGUUACAAGUCUCCGCUGUGGUGGCAUGAUCAUGUGUACAGCAAUCAAUCAUUGUUUAUGCGACGGGAUCGGCACAUCUCAGUUCUUACAUGCGUGGGCCCACAUAACAGCCAAGCGCGACCUCGAUCCACCAAUCUCACCCGUACACGUCCGCCACGUGUUAAAAUCCCGGUGUCCUCCACAAGUAACCUUCCCUCAUCCUCAAUUUACCAUAACAAGCAACAACAACGCCGAGGACAACAGCACGCGCGUGGACAUCUUGAGACUGCUUCAAUCUCAGCCGCUCGUCCCCACUUCCUUAACCUUCACCCAGUCUCAUACCCUUCACCUCAAGAGACAGUGCGUACCGUCACUAAAAUGCACCACCUUCGAAGCCCUGGCAGCUCACACGUGGCGCUCCUGGGUUAGAUCAUUGGAUCUGUCGCCCUUGCUCAGCGUGAAGCUGCUUUUCUCCGUGAGCGUACGGACGAGAUUGAACCCACAAAUCCCACAGGGUUAUUACGGCAACGGGUUCGUGCUAGGAUGCGCCGAGACCACUGUGAAGGACUUGGUCGGUGCUAACCUGCGCCACGGGGUUAAGUUGGUCCGACAGGCUAAAUCAGAUGUUAAUAAUGAUGAUUAUGUGAGGUCAAUGGUUGACUUAUUGGAGGACAAAACGCUGAAGACAGAUUUGAGUAGGAGUUUGGUUAUAUCGCAAUGGGCUAAGUUAGGGUUAGAGGACUUGGAUUUUGGAGAAGGGAAGGCAUUGCAUAUGGGUCCUCUAACAAGCGACGUUUACUGCUUGUUUUUACCAGUCGUUGGCGAUUUGGAUGCUGUGAGAGUGCUCGUGUCGGUGCCCGAAAGCAUGGCUGACAAGUUUGAAUAUUACAUGACAGAGUUUUUGAGUGUAGAAGAAAACAAUAAUGGAGAUCAUCAUCAUCAUCAUCAUCAUCAUCAUGCUAAUGGUAAUGGUUAUGGAUAUCAUGUGGAAGAUCACAAUGGAAAUAUAGUAAAUUAAUAUUUUAUCAAUGAGCUUCGGUUUUUUGGUUUUUAAGUCUUUCACUCUC